AUGACUGAUGUUGAAAGUGUUGACAAUAACGUAGUAGUUGAAGAAAAGGCUGUUUUAGAUAAUACCACAGCAAUACAAAAAGUAAUAAAAAAUGCUCAUGUUCAUGAUGGGUUAAAAGUGGGUAUAAGAGAAGUUAUAAAAGCAAUUGAAUCAAAAGAAGCAAAAGUUUGCUUCUUAUCAAGUGUAUGUUCUGAACCAGCUUAUAAAAAAUUAAUUACAGCUUUAUGUGCGGAAAAAAAUAUCCCCUUAUUUCUUGUUCAAAAUGAUAGUAAAGACUUAGGACACUGGGCAGGGCUAUAUAAAUUAGAUAAAGAUGGAAAUGCUAGAAAAAUUAUUGGAGCAAGUUCAGUUGCCAUAGUAGAUUUUGGAGAAGAUUCAGCUGAAAGAGAAUUUUUAAUGUCACAAAGCCAAACCGUUGCAUAA